AAUUUUAAUUCAGUCAAAGCGCAUUUCGGCGCGGGAGUGUGGAAAUAGAUCAAGGAGCAUGUUACGAGUUGCAUGAAAUAAUUGUUAAAGAACACGAACCACGUGUUUGUCGACUGUCUAGUGCUAAUUUGUUAAAUAAAAAAGUUCUCCACAAAAUGUUCAAUAUUUGACGAAAGGGCAAGGGGUCCAUAGAAGUGUUUGGGUUUGCAGUUUUUGGGAUAAAUAGCAUACUCGGGAAAAUGAGUUCCCGUCAGAAGGAUUAUCUGCACAACGAAGAAAAAUCCGCCAAGAUUGUUGCAGGCCAAGGAAGGGAUGGAACAGACGAGAGGACUCGGUUACAGAAACCGGUAAAGUUACAACCAUCAUGGGAGGAAAAUAACCUGCCUGAGGACGAGCUCAAUUUUAAAAAUCUAACAAUGGACGAUGCAAGCCUACAAGUGCACACUCCGCCAGACAAAUACAAUUUGGUUUAUAUUACAUUUUUAAUACACGGCAUUGGCACACUAAUGCCUUGGAAUAUGUUUAUCACUGCCAUGGGUUAUUUUACAGAUCACAAAUUGGCUCGAGACUACAUUGGAUUUUCAUUUCCACAUUUAACAAAUUUUAUGCAGAUCUUAACAUUCUGUUCGCAAGUUCCUAACGUGCUUUUCAACUGGCUAAAUAUCUUCGUACAUAUUGGUGGGGAUCUAACAACUCGAAUUGUAUGGAGUAUUAGUAUAAAUGUUGUCGUUUUUAUUAUUACAAUAGUACUGGCAAUGGUUGACAGUAGUGAGUGGCCUCACACUUUCUUUUGGACAACAAUGGUGACCGUUGUUGUUUUAAAUAUGGCAAAUGGUAUAUAUCAAAACACCAUCUACGGAAUGGCUGCUAAAUUGCCUCCAAAAUAUACUGGGGCAGUCAUUUUAGGAAAUAAUAUAAGCGGCACGUUCGUAACCAUUGUCAGCAUUCUAUCAGACGCAAUGACUGGGAAUAAGAGAAUGGCUGCCAUAUACUAUUUUAUAACUGCCCUGUUUGUGCUCUUAGUGGGGUUCGACACAUAUUUUGCACUGCCUUUGAAUAGAUUUUACAGGCAUUACGAAUUAAAAGCUAAGAAGAACGAGGAACUAAGGAAGAGAGAAGCGGAAAGAGCUAAUGAUCACACGCCUUAUUUGCACAUUGUAAAAAAAGCGCUGCCACAAUUAUACAACGUAUGGUUCAUAUUUUUUGUUACAUUGGGGACCUUUCCUGCUAUACAAGCUAAUGUAAAAAGAGUUGACACUAAUUUCUUUAUACCAGAUAAAUGGUAUUCUCCAAUUACCUGCUUCUUGACGUUUAAUGUUUUUGCUAUGAUUGGUAGCAUGAUGCCUACUUGGUUUAUAUGGCCUUCAGCAAAAUAUUUAUGGAUACCAGUCACACUUAGAUUUUUAUACAUACCAUUUUAUUUGCUAUGCAACUACCAUCUAGAAGGUCUUAACAGGGCCUUACCAGUGCUUGUAACAAAUGAUUGGGUUUAUUGGAUAGUGGCUAUUACUAUGGCCCUCACCAGUGGAUACUUUAGUUCUGUUGCUAUGAUGUAUGUACCUGGCACUGUCGAAGAUCGUUACGCUUCAACUGCGGGUAUGUUUGGUGGCGCCGCGUUAAUUACAGGUAUCUUCUCCGGCAUUCUUUUGACUUUUUUGUGGCCUUGGUUUAUAACGCAUGUAGGAUAUUAACAAAAGUGCGCGGUAUAUGACACAGAAUUGGAAUUUUCUAUAAGAUUCCAAAAGUGAAAUCAGCCUGGUCAUAUACCGUUAAAAACGAUUUUUUUAUGAGGGUAUAAAAUUGUUAAGGCCGCUUGACGACAUUGACAAAAUUGUCUAUUAAACACCGUCACUAUAUCCGCGAUCUUUCACACCUAAUCAACCUUAUUUUCGAUUUGUCCACGUUGUUAAGCGACUUAAAUAGACCAGCAAAAUAUACAAUCGUAGUUCUUCCAUAGAAAGGAAAGAGUAUUUUUCUAAGAUUUUCGCUGGCGGAACAAUUUUCUUGGCUGACUUUAUACGCCUUAUCGAAUAAUACAUACGUGUGUUGACGAUAAAAUGAUAUUUUAAAAAUACCGCCGCAUCCGCACCCGGGGCAAUGAAUGACACUCUAUUUAGUCGGCUUCAUUUUGUUGUAUGUUAAAUCGGUAUAAGUUUUAUCACUUUUAUGCCAAUGAUAAUUUUGAAAGCGCACUAUGGAACCAGUAACAGUAUAGUGAAAAGUAGAAGAUCCGCAACAGAUAAGGACCUGACUAAAUAGAACUUUAUUGAGUACAUCUGUAGAUGCACUCUUCAGUUUUUUGUAGUUUCUUUAAUGCGAUUCAUCCUCAGUAACAGAUCAAAGUAUAAUCAUUAGUUCUAUAUAGGUUAAUACGAUUAUUGCCGGAAGAAGCAAAUAUGCAAACGUCCAAAAUUUUAUUAUUUGCUUGAGCCAAUUGUAGUUUUGGUUAGAUACUUAUGAAAUAAAUAACUUCGUCCAAUGCAAAUUCUUUAUUCUGGUUUUAUAUAUACAUAAUUUGCUAUAACUUUCCAUGGAGUUUUUUAAGCAUUUUGUUCUGAUCGCUUGCAAAGAAACAAUUGAGACAUAAGUUGGUUUUAUUAUGAAGAAGGUACGUUUGGUAUAAAAAUGUUUUAAUGCGGACACAAAAGGGUACUUUGGUACUAAAUUGCAAGUAUUGAAACAACAAUUGACUGAUUUGCCUAUUUUUAGCGCGAUAUUUGAGUGUUGGAAUCAAUUUACAUUGAGGCUGUGAUUUUAAAGACUUUCUAUGGAUUGCGAUCAAACUUUAAUGAUUAUAUAGCCCCAGAUUCGAUUGAUAUAACAAAUAUUUAAAUUUGUUUUGUCUCUCCACCGCUUUUCUUAUAGCACGCAGCACUAAAAUGUGCGAGAUAGGGUUAAUAAAAUUGCACGACCUCUAUAUGUGAUAAGGGAGCCAGCCAUACCAGCAUUAAAGAAAUUGCAAAAUGCUAAUGUUUUAGGCUAAGAAAUUUUCCUAACUACCCAAUUGUGAGCAGAUGAAUUUACUACUGUUAAAAAAAAAUAAGGUACAAAAUAUUAACCAAAUGUUGAAUAAAUUUAAGUUUUGCUUUA